UCCUCCCUUGGGUCGCACCUUCAGGGCGAAAUGGCAUGGGCCCCUGCCCCUUUAUGACGUGAGCCUAAAGUCCAACACCACCAACAGCUAUCACCACAAUGGCUGCGCCGGAGAUCCCAAAUCUAAAAUCGCUGCUCGCCCAGCGCCGUGGAGGACUACACGCUCGAGGACGCGGUCCCAGAGCUCCCAUCAGCCAUGAAACAAGUGAGGCUGCCAAAGACGACGCCGUGAAAGGCACCGAUCAAGAUGCAGCGGGCUCGCGAGUGAGCUGCGUAGAGCUGGGCUAUCUCGACGACCCAUAUGCGAAGGUAUUCGCCGCACAGCAGACGGUGCGGCGUCUGCCUCUCCUAAACAGAGGCACAUACGUUCGCACCACCGGGCUCGACCAGCUUAUCCACCAAUUCCUCACCACCGCGCCUGGCUCGCCCAAACAGAUCAUCUCCCUGGGUGCAGGGACAGACACACGCUACUUCCGCCUCCUCUCCGCGUACCCGUCUCUAAAUCUAACCUACCACGAGAUCGACUUCCCCUGUAACACCUCCUCCAAAAUCGCGGCCAUCCAACGCUCUCCCGCCAUCCUCUCCCUACUCUCCCACCCCCCUACCAUCUCUACAGACGGCACAUCCCUCAGCACGCCCACCUACAACAUCACGGCUCUCGACCUCCGCACCCUCGCCUCACCCACCCCACCACCGCUCCCAAACCUUAACCCCUCUACCCCCACCCUCCUCCUCUCCGAAUGCUGCCUCGUCUACCUCCCGCCCACCACCGCCUCCGACAUCCUCACUACUCUCACAACACACCACCUCUCCCCUACCACCCCCUGCGCCCUCGUCCUCUACGAGCCCGUCCGCCCGCAUGAUGCUUUUGGCCGUACCAUGGUCUCGAACCUCAAAUCCCGGAACAUCCACCUGCACACCCUCGCCACGUACCCGGACCUCGCCUCGCAGAUUACACGGCUAAAGACAGCGGGAUUUGACGCGGGACAAGGGGGUGUGGAUACCGGGUUUGUGUGGCGGGAGUGGGUGAGCGAGGCCGAGAAGGAGCGGGUUGGGGCGCUGGAGAUGCUGGAUGAGUUUGAGGAGCUAGGCUUGCUGUUGGGGCAUUAUUGUGUGUGCUGGGGUUGGCGGGAUAGAGGUGGGGAGGAGAAGGAUAUGGUGUUUUCCGAGGCGUGGAGUGGGGUGAAGGCGCAGGUUGGUGGGCCUGCUGGAGAGGGGGCGUAGAAGAGUUGGGUAGUGCAUAACAGGACAGAGCGGACGCCAGAUAUAAGGUUGGUCAGCUUGGCCGUUGAGAAGUGUGCAUAGAGACUAGGACAUAGACCACCCGUCUCAUGAUUCUUACGAUAUAUUUUAGAACCCUUGAACGUAGCAUGAUGGGUCAACGACAAGCUUAUGGGAGACUAUUAUCUUUUACUAUCCAACACCUCAUAUCUCCUUUAGCUUUCCUAUCCUACGCUUCAUGACUCCAAACGCCCCAAGCGUUGUUUGAACACUGCAACACGAAGCAAAAAUC